AUGGCGAAACUCAAGGCACAUGAAGAACUCUCCACUAAUGCGAAUACUAUCAAAGCUCGCAACUGCGUCUCCAACCUUACUGAAGAUGAGAAGGCUGUUCACUUAGCACUCAAGGCUGACCAUGCUGAUCUGAGCUACUACUUAAAGAAGUUAUAUAAGUCUGCAAAGUACAAGACACGUCUACAGAAUGAAUUGAAGGUUGAGCGUAUUUGUGUUCGGACUGAGAAGGGUACCCAUGCAUCUUGCAUUGCGAAUCAGAAAGUCAAGAAUAUUAGCGCCUCUUCUUCUCCACAAGCCCCACCUAUCUUGACUCAUAGCUCGUUCCGCUCAGUCGAGGAUCCUCAUCAAGACCCUAUAAAUACUUUAGGUAUUAGUAGGUCUGGCCGGCCUCAUCAAGCAAGAUAG